ACUCUACAACGAAUAAUACCGCCUCGCGAAUCCGCGUCGCUUCCACGAGAAGCAGCAGCAGCCGAGAGAGAGAGAGAGAGAGAGAGAGAGAGAGAGAGAGAGGGAGGGAGAGGGAAGCAAUGGUGGCGACGAACCUGAAGGCGGAGACGGUGGGGCUGAUGGACCGGCGGGCGGCGGUGGAGGCGGAGAUGGACGCCAUCAUCGCCGCCCUCUCCGUGCCCGUCGGGCCGGGGAUCACCGGCGGCCUCGUGGACGCGGAGGGUUUCCCCAGGUCCGACAUCGACAUCCCGGCCGUCCUCGCCCAGCGCCGCAAGCUCGCCGAAUUGCGGAAUGAUCACAAGGAUAUUACGAACAAAAUUGAGAAGAAUCUGGAAGUUUUGCACUCAACAAAAUUGUCAAGAAAUGAAGCGUCAAUCCCUGCAAGUUCUGGCACACCUGCUUCAUUGCACAGUGGGUUAUCUCAAAAUGAUCCUAUGGAAGAAGAUGCUGUGACCAGACUUCCUUUUGCCAUAAUUGAUGAACUGACAGAUGGUUCUCCUGCUGCUGUGGAUGGCUUGCAGCUUUGGGAUGAGAUAGUAAAGUUUGGAAAUGUGGAAGCAGGUGAUAGAUUGCAAGAAAGGCUUGUCUCUGAAGCUCUUUCCAAUGAGGAUUGUCAAGUAUCUCUAGUCAUCAUUCGUCAGGGAUCAUCAAUGAACUUAACUGUUACACCAAGAAAGUGGCACGGAAGAGGACUUUUGGGAUGCCAUUUCCGAAUCUUAUGAACAACGGGCCAUGGUCCCACAUCUAUGAAAGAACGAGAUGGUUUCGUUUUUGUGCUUGCAGACAGAGCUCUUGCAGAAUCAGCGAUAACAUUCAACAUCUAAGACAAUCUGAUUAACCUAUGAAAGGAUUAAAUGCUUUCAUGUUUGUACUUGUGCAGACAGCCCUUGCAGCACCGAGAGCAAUCUGAUUAACUGAAUGCGUGUCCAAACCUUUUAGCAUCCCCUUAUUACAUGUACAUUGGAAGCAAACCUGGCUGCCUUUGUUUGGAGUUUUUUUUAGGUGCAUUGUUCUCAUGCAUAUUGGUCCUAUGAAAUGAUGUCUUAUGCACAAUCUUUUUGAAAAAGCGAUGUAAAUCUGAGUCUGUUGGCACUAACCAGUAACCACUCCUUGACUGAA